UCCCCCUUCGAUCAAUCAACCACCUUAUGGCUACGAGUUAGCCACGACACUAGUUCUGAUCCGUCAGAUAAAAUCUAAUCCAACGGUUGCUGUACCUUAGAUUUUCUCCACUGUGAAAUAGCGAUAUUUACGUCCCGCUCUUUUUCGCAAAUAUCUCAUCCAUCUCUCUCUUUUAAUUCACUUUCUAAAUUGUUCGCUUUCUGAUUAUGCUGAUUGCGACAGAAGAAAUGCAGGAGGCAGCUACGACUACCAGCUCCAUUGCAGCGAGCUCUCUGCCUUCGAGCAGUGACAGAUCUUCGAGCUCAGCUCUCAACAUUGAAGUAAAAGAAGGUAUGGAGAGUGAUGAGGAGAUAGGAAGAGUGCCAGAAAUGGGCGGCGGAGGCGGAGCUGUGCAGGCUUCCGGCGGUGGUUCGAGGCGGAGAGAGAGAAGCCCUGCUGAUAAAGAGAAUAAGAGGUUGAAAAGGUUGGUGAGGAAUCGAGUAUCGGCACAGCAAGCAAGGGAGAGGAAGAAAGCGUAUUUAGGUGAUUUGGAAGUGAGGGUAAAAGAGUUGGAAAGUAAAAACGCUGAGCUUCAAGAACGCCUUUCCACUUUCCAAAAUGAGAAUCAAAUGCUUAGGAAGAUACUAAAGAAUACGACUGCUGCUUCUGAGAGCAUCCACGAUGGCGGCGAGCGGACCAGCUAGCCGAUCCCUGACGCUUGCCUAACCAUUGUAACCG